AUAGCCUAUAAUGUUUUGAAUGUUUUGAAUAUUCAAUUUUGCAGACUAGUCAUCACUACCCGCGUUGAUGUCCUUACAGUACGACGUGCUUAUUGUUGGCGCUGGCAUCGCUGGCUCUGCUCUUGCCCACGCACUGUCACAAUCCUCAGCUCCGCAACGCCGUAUUGCACUCCUUGAGCGGAGCCUUGCUGAACCUGACCGCAUAGUCGGCGAGCUGCUCCAACCUGCCGGCGUCGCCUUCCUCGACAAGCUUGGAUUACAGGGUGCAUUAGAAGGUAUAGACGCGAUACCAGUACACGGAUACGCGGUCGUUCAAGAUGGUCGCAUUGUCCAUAUUCCAUACCCUGACGGACGAGAAGGACGGAGUUUCCACCAUGGACUAUUCGUGCAGGGACUGAGGGAACACGCAAUGCGCGCAAAAGGUGUGGACGUCAUCGAAGCAACCGUAAACGAACUGGUGGAAGAGGAAGGAAGGGUCGUCGGUGUAAAAGCUACGCGUUCUAGCGGGAAGGAGAAGGAAGUUUUCCGCGCAGACUUAACAGUUAUUGCAGACGGGUGCUUCUCGAACUUCCGUAGUACCGUACAAGGUCCAUCUGCACGCCCUUCGAAUACCAGGUCGCAUUUCUGUGGCGCGAUACUCAAGGAUGCACAGUUGCCGAUAUCGCAGCACGGCACUGUCGCACUCGUACGUGGCCACGGACCCGUUUUGCUAUACCAAAUAUCAGAACACGAUACCCGGAUUCUCGUAGACGUCAAAGGUCCCGUACCAUCUGACUUGAAGAAACAUAUCAUCACUGAAAUUUUGCCUUCCCUCCCUAUUCAACUACAUGAGCCGAUCCGCGUUGCUCUUGCUGCUGAUCGUGUUCGCCGCAUGCCCAACUCAUUCCUACCGCCUGCCCCUCAGACGCACAAACGUGGUGCCAUCCUUCUUGGGGACGCCUGGAACAUGCGCCAUCCGCUAACAGGUGGCGGUAUGACCGUUGCAUUGUCCGACGUAUACAUACUUUCCCAGCACCUUGAUAAGAUAAACGACCUACUAGACUGGAACCAGAUGAAGGUCAUACUUGACAAAUGGUGGUGGGAACGCAAAGGGCUGGCUGCAACUAUCAACAUUAUGAGCGUCGCCCUUUACGACGUGUUUGGGGCUGAUGGCGAGUGUUUGACUGUCUUCCAAGACGGAUGUUUCAAGUAUUUCGAAAGGGGAGGAGAAUCCGUCCGUGGUCCAGUAUCAUUGCUGAGUGGAAUUUCACCUUCAACCUCGCUCCUUGCAUAUCACUUCUUCUAUGUGGCGAUUUAUUCUAUAUGGGUGCUCUUUGCACAUCCUCGACGUAUACAUGCGCCUCGUGCAAAUAGCGAGUCACAUAUGAAUGGGACUCCCGAUAUAACCGGGAAUGGUGGAGCCCACACUGACGAAAAACAUUCGGACAUGCAUAUCAUGCAAAUACCGUCAAUACUCGAUUACCCUCGACUAUUCUGGCUGAGCUGUAGAGUUUUAUGGACAGCAUGUGCAAUAUUUGGACCCCUAUUGUGGACAGAGAUUUGUUGGUGGUGAGCUUGUCAGUUAGAGUAGGACGAUUCAGGACAGUUUUUUCUAUAUUUUGGAAUUAUUGUACAUACUUGUGGCACCUAAUCGUGUGGAGGUACAGCUGUGAAUAGUAUUCUGAUGUGUUUAUGGCUUGUUCUGAUCUUCUACAUAAACCUGUUAUUAAUCUCGAAACGGCGGCGGACGUGUAGUGUACAGUAUCCGAUCACUGCCUGCAGGAUUCAUAAUUUAUGAGCUAUCAUACACCAUGCCCCAUUCCUCUAGGGUCAUCAGCGUGCACGUCGACUGCUGUUCCGUAUCCGCUCCCCAUAAUACCAAAAUAUCCAGGGCCUGAAAGGAGGAGGACGUACGCAGGACAGCCUAACGCGACUGCCAUGCAUGAUAGUAUCACCCUUCCCGAACCCGAGUGCGUCAUACUUACAUGAGUGUUCCAACUUCCAAGGCGCG